GAGGAUGGUUCUUGUGACGCCAACUCAAUUCCUUGUUGGAUCAAGGGAGAAGACAGUCGUGCGGAUUCAGCGACCUCACAGUCUGCUUUUGGAAAUACCUCGUCAUCGACAGCCAAAAAUACCGUUUAUAAUGACAAACCCGAGACCCGUAAAGGUCGCCAACUUGCGUGUUGUACCGGUCUCACCAUGGACCUCCUAAUAGAGCUAAUGAAGGAUCUUAACUUUGAAGUUGAACUCUACGAAGUCAAGGAUCGUCUCUGGGGUGGCUGGACUGUGGAUUUGCCCGAGGAGCCCACACUCAAAAAUGAGCUAUUGCUUCUUAUCGCUUAUAAAAGUAGCUUUCCGCUGGCUUGUCUGUGCUAA